AUGGGCUCAGUGAAGAACAAGGAGGAAAAUACAACUGGAGGGGUGCCUAGCACUGGAAGUGACAUCAACUACUGCCCAGAGAACUGUAAAUGCAGCGGAGCAGGAGCCAACACACGCCGGUUUUGUCGCAUCUUUAACGUGGCGGAGAAGAACCGCCAGCCGGCGCAAAGCCGACCCCGGCCCUUCCCGAGCCGCUUUCCCCGCCCGACCCUGCCGGUUCCUGGGCGGUUCCGGGGCGGUCCCGGCGCAGCGGCCCCGCCCCCCCGGCGCUCCCGGCGUGCCCCGCGCGCGAUGGCGGCGCCCGCGCUGUGCCGGCGCUGCGGGCGGGCAGCGGGGACGUGGGGCCUGCGCCGGGCCCCGCUCCCGCUGCCGCUCCGCCGCCGGGCCCACGAGCAGGCGCGGCGGGCGCGGGGCGCGGCGGGGCUGCUGGCGGCGCAGUGCGAGCGCGGGCUGUUCCAGGAGGUGUUCCCGGCGCAGAGCGCGGAGGAGCAGCUGCCGGCGCUGCUGGAGCCGGGCCGGCCGCCGCUGGCCGCCUACUGCGGGUUCGACCCCACGGCGGACUCGCUGCACGUGGGGCACCUGCUGCCCGUCAUGGCGCUGCUGCACUUCCAGCGCGCCGGCCACGACGUCAUCGCCGUGGUGGGCGGGGCCACGGCGCGGCUCGGGGACCCCAGCGGGCGGGAGCGCGCGCGGGAGCCGCUGCCGGCGGGGCGGGUGCGCGCGCAGGCGCGGGCGCUGCGCGCGGGGCUGGAGCGGCUGUUCGGGAACCACCGGGAGCUGUUCUGGGAGCCGGGGGCCGGGCGGCUCGGCCGCGCCGCCCUGCUGGACAACGCCCGCUGGCUCGGCCGGGAGCCGCUGCUCCGCUUCCUGGGCGGCGCCGGCGGGCGGCUCCGCAUGGGCACGCUGCUGAGCCGGCAGAGCUGCCAGGCGCGGCUGCGCAGCGCCGAGGGCAUGAGCCUGGCCGAGUUCCUGUACCCCGCGCUGCAGGCCUACGACUUCCUGCACCUCCACCGGCACCACGGCUGCCGCAUCCAGCUCGGCGGCCACGACCAGAUGGGAAACAUCAUGUCCGGAUACGAGCUCGUCACCAAGAUGACAGGAGCAGAGGUGUUUGGAAUUACUGUACCUCUUAUUACAAGUACUACUGGUGAUAAACUGGGAAAGACUGCUGGAAAUGCAGUUUGGCUGAACAGGGAGAAGACUUCUCCUUUUGAGCUCUAUCAAUUUUUUGUCAGACAGCAAGAUAACAUGGUUGAAAAAUACCUGAAACUAUUCACCUUCCUUCCUCUUGAGGAGAUUGCCCACAUCAUGGAAAUGCAUGCUAAAGAACCUGAGAAAUGGGGCCCUCAGAAACGACUGGCUGCUGAAGUAACUAAGCUUGUCCAUGGUAGAGAGGGGCUGGAAUCUGCUAAAAGGUGCACUAAGGCCCUUUAUUACAGCAGUGUGGAGGCACUGGAAGAAAUGUCUGACCAAGAGCUACAGGAACUUUUCAGACAAGCUACUUCUGCUGAACUGCUGCUUGAACCUGGCAUGACUGUUCUAGACUUGUGUCGCAAAGCAAAUGCCAUUCCAGAUGGACCUAGUGGGUACCGGAAAAUUACAGAUGGAGGAGUUUCAAUAAAUGGGAAUCGUGUAACUAAUCCUGAGACUGUUCUUAUUCUGGGACAGCAUAUUCUGAAGAAUGGAGUAUCAUUACUUAGGGUUGGAAAGAAAAAUUACUACAUUAUAAAAUGGCUGCAGUUGUGACAACAGAGUAUCUCCCUAAAAGGACAGGUCUCUGACUCUGCUGCUUGAAGAGGUACUUGAAGAUUUUUCUGUACUGGUCAUUACGACCCAGCUCACAGACUGCCCAACACUUCUUGUUCAAAAUGCACCAGAGAUCAAAUAAAGGAGCUGAGUUAUACCACUGAAGAGAUUAUGGAUACACUGCCUUAUACAAAGGCACCAUUCAUAAGGAUCUGCAUGAGAAGAAAAUGAAAAGAUUCAUUUCAAAGUCCAGCGACGGAGAUGUGCUUCCCUUCCUGCAACAGCCCUCUGUGUUGUAGAGGAACAGUGGCCAGUUAUUCCACAGGAUAACCCACAGGAAAAUGAGCCAAAGCAAACUCAAACCCACUCCUUCUUACAGCCAGUGUGUACUCAUCUAACCAAGAAACCUUGCUGGGGGCAAAGACAACCAACCUGUGGUCAUGUUUCCCUGAACAGGUUUGCUUGGAAGGAAGCUGCAGAAAAUUCCUAAUAAAGAUUCAUGAUAAAUGAUUAGGCACUAAUGUAAGUUGGUUCUUGGUUGUGUAUGGGGACACAUUGCACCAAAGUUUUCCAGCCUUCCUGUGGGAAUACAUAGCAAAUUCACUUUUGAAAUCUGAAAGUACAGAGCCUUUCAAAGCUUAAAUCAACCCAAUGAACCCCUUUUAGGCCUUCUGUGUGCAUAGUAUGACUUACAAGGGGAGUGGCAGUUGUUCCACUUCUUUGGUCCUAUGAAUGACAUCCAUGCUAUCCAGCACUCCUUGCUGAAGGAAUAUCCUGGUACUAGUUCUGUAGGCUCUGCAGUCAGCUGGAAGAUAGUACAUUAUACCAGAAGAUUUGGAGCAUGUACAUGAAAGGGUUUGUUUUCAUUUUAGCUGCCCAGGAGUCGUGGUGAACAGCACCACAAGGAUCUCUGGACCAGGAAACACAUGAGGGAAGCUGAAGUGUUUUGCAGUGUUGCUUUCAAGGAUCAGGCCUCACUCUGAGGCCACGGAGAAUUAUUUCCUGGUCCAUGAAAUCUUCAAUACACAUUUGCAGUGACAGCAGCCACAAGGGGUAAAGCCUUAAUCUUAGCUUCUGGAAUGUGGUUAUGUAUUCUAGAGUUGGGUGGGGAGUUUGUAACUGUUUUAGAUAUCUUUUUUAUGUUUCUUUUUACUUGAUAAAUUUCAUGCUGAUUUCAUUUGCACCAUGACUCAAGAUUUCAGCAGUAAUAAAAUAUAGUGGCUUGCUUGUUAUAGA